GAUGACUAAGCAUUGUCCCUGAAAAUCUUUUGGCGUCGAAUUUUGAGACGAGAAAAAUAUCUCGACAAGGACGAGUUAAUCUGCAUUCAUCACCUCUUGUCAAUUCCACCAACUCCUCUGCACCAAAGGACUGCCAAGGACUGUCAAGAUGGCUAAUAUUUCCAGAUCUGUUAACGCCCUGCUGCGGACUGGCAGACUUGCUCUGCAAAGACCCAGAGGAGCCAACCCCAUUCAACAUGCUCUUCUUCGGGACCGCCGCAUGGCUUUUAGAGGAAUGGCAACAGUCUUCGAGAGAUCGAAGCCUCACGUCAAUGUUGGUACCAUUGGCCACGUCGAUCACGGGAAGACUACCUUGACUGCUGCUAUUACCAAACGCCAGUCCGAGAAGGGACUGGCCAGCUUCCUGGACUAUGGAGCUAUUGACAGAGCUCCCGAGGAGCGGAAGCGUGGUAUCACCAUUUCCACCUCCCAUAUCGAGUAUUCGACCGAAAAAAGACAUUACGCACACGUCGAUUGCCCUGGUCACGCUGAUUAUAUCAAGAACAUGAUUACGGGUGCUGCAAACAUGGAUGGUGCUAUUGUCGUUGUUGCUGCUUCUGACGGUCAAAUGCCUCAAACACGUGAGCAUUUACUCCUUGCCCGACAAGUUGGCGUCCAAAAGAUCGUCGUUUUCGUGAACAAAGUCGAUGCUCUCGAGGACAAGGAGAUGUUGGAGCUUGUCGAGUUGGAGAUGAGAGAGCUCUUGAACACCUAUGGAUUCGAGGGCGAGGAGACGCCCAUCAUCUUUGGUUCUGCCCUUUGCGCCAUGGAAGGCCGUGAGCCCGAAUUGGGAGAGAAGCGAAUUGAUGAGCUGAUGGACGCUGUUGAUACCUGGAUCCCCACUCCUCAGCGUGACACCGAGAAACCCUUCCUGAUGUCCGUUGAGGAAGUGUUCUCCAUCUCCGGACGUGGAACCGUUGCCUCCGGCCGUGUUGAACGUGGUGUCCUCAAGAAGGAUUCGGAAGUUGAGGUUGUUGGCGGCGGUGUCGCCCCCAUCCGGACCAAGGUAACUGAUAUCGAAACCUUCAAGAAGUCCUGCGACGAGUCCAGAGCUGGAGACAACUCUGGCCUUUUGUUGCGUGGUAUUAGGCGCGAGGAUAUCCGCCGUGGUAUGGUCGUUGCCCUUCCUGGCACUGUCAAGGCCAACGACAAGUUCUUGGUGUCGAUGUAUGUCCUGACCGAGGCUGAGGGUGGUCGCCGAACUGGAUUUGGCCAAAACUAUCGUCCUCAAAUGUUCAUCCGCACAGCCGACGAGGCUGCCAACCUCAGCUUCCCUGAGGGUGUGGACGAAAGCAAGCUGGUUAUGCCCGGUGACAACGUGGAGAUGAUCCUCAAGACACACCGCCCCGUAGCUGCUGAGGCCGGGCAGCGAUUCAAUAUCCGCGAGGGAGGCCGCACUGUCGCUACUGGUCUUGUCACCCGUGUCCUUGAGGAAUAGAGCAACUAAUAAACCUGCCGGACAAUAGCCAUUUGGUUAGUAUCAUGUACUUUUUAACAAUAAAUGCGUGUGUAAAGCGGAAAUUCUUUGCGGGGACAAAAUGGAAAGGCGGGCCGGCAAAAAGCUUAACAUAUAUCUGGAGUCUACCUGUGUAUAUUUUUCAUGGCAUUUUAUAUUCUCCUUCUUCUCUCUUUGCUUCUCUAUUCAUUCCGUGUUUUUAUAGGUGCUCUUUUGUAUUUUGUUGUUUAUUUUUCAUUUUUUAUGGUUUUUAUUUUCAUUUCUCCCAAGUGAUUUUCCCAUUUUUAAAAAUUUCCCUAAUGUAACAACAAAGAUGCAGCCUCUCUCGACUCCCUCAAUCUAGACCUGUCUUAAGAGUAAUAUAACUCUCCUUGCUCUUAUUCCUUGCUUCAAGAGUUUCAUUUCCAUCGAACCAGGAUUUCACACAACAUUCAGCCCAAUUUAGUGGUCGGCCGCAGGAACAAGUAUUCAUAUAUUUAUUAACCACUCCUCUGCCGAAGUAUAUGUAUCCCUCCUGUAAAAGUUUCCCACGGGGCCCGCGGUCGAUUCAGAACUCUAGAUAGCAUUCCUAGAGCCAAGCUCUGAUUGCAAACCGGGCUUGUUCCUCCUGAUGAAAUACCUGUGUACUCCGUCACUUACACAAGUAGCAAGGUAGCCAGCCAAUUGAGUUUGAAUAGUAAUACUGCGUAAUAAUAAACUACUAUUUUCUCCCCAAAUGUCCGAGCACACGUAUCAGAACCAUGGUAUUUCACAACCGCCG